AUGCCUAAUGCCUCAGAAGUGACUGGGACAGGUGGAGCCCCACUGCUAACAUCACCCCAUCCAUGGCGAGGAAGGAGUGCAGCAGUGAAGCCUUCGGGUCCUCUCCCCAGCUGGCUCCCUCCCUUGACUGAGCUGUCUCUUCUGCUUUCCCUAGUGCUGGACCAGCUCCUCCCAGAGCUCAGUCUGCUGCUCAAGCUGCUGGAUCAUGAGUACCUGAGCUCUACCACCCUGGAGAAGAAGCUGGCUGUCUCCAGCAUCCUGCAGAAGUUGCAGCCCCCCACAGGGAAGAAUGUGGACUAUAUGUACGUGAAUACAGAGACCCUGCACAAUGGCACCAGCUUUGUGGAGUCCCUCUUUGAAGAGUUUGAUUGCAACCUGCAGGAUCUCCAGGACAUGCAGGAGGAGGAUGGAGACACUGGUGUGGGCAUCGGCUUGGACCUUGCAAGGAGUCAGCCAGUCAAAAAUGCUCCUGGGGACCCUCCACCCCCACUUCCCACCACCCCUCCACCUGAAGAUUACUAUGAGGAGGCCCUGCCUCUGGGCCCUGGAAAGGCCCCAGAGUACAUCACUUCCCGCAAUAGUUCCAGUCCCCCCAACUCAAUCGAGGAUGGCUAUUAUGAGGAUGCGGACAGCAACUACCCCGUUACCAGGGUGAAUGGGGAGCAGAAAAACUCCUACAAUGACUCUGAUGCAAUGAGCAGCUCCUAUGAGUCCUAUGAUGAGGAGGAGGAGGAAGGGAAGGGCCAGCAGCUGACACACCAGUGGCCAUCAGAGGAAGCUUCCAUGAACCUGGUGAAGGACUGCAGGAUUUGUGCUUUCCUGUUGCGCAAGAAGCGCUUUGGGCAGUGGGCCAAGCAGCUGACGGUCAUCAAGGAAAAUAGACUCCUGUGUUACAAAAGCUCCAAGGAUCGGCAGCCACACCUAGAGGUGCCCCUGAGCGCCUGCAACGUCAUCUAUGUGCCCAAGGAUGGACGCCGCAAGAAGCACGAGCUGCGCUUCUCCCUGCCAGGGGCCGAGGCCCUGGUGCUGGCAGUACAGAGCAAAGAGCAGGCUGAGGAGUGGCUGAAGGCAAUAAAGGAAGCAAGCAGCCCCAACGCAGGAGGGACCGAGGCCCCUACAUCCCCUGUACUGUGCAAAACAGACCUGGACAAGAGGUUAUCACAAGACAAACAGACUUCUGACUCAGACAGUGUGGUGACAGGAGAAAACUGCUCACCGCUGGCCCGGAGGGAGCCCCGAGAACAUGGGAAAGGCAAGAAGAGUGGUUUGGCUGAACUGAAGGGCUCGGUGAGCCGUGCAGCUGGGAAGAAGAUUACCAGGAUCAUCAGCUUCUCCAAGAAGAAGGCAUCUCCUGAGGACACACAGACCUCCUCCACUGAGGAGGACAUCCCAUGCUGUGGUUAUUUGAACGUCUUGGUUAAUCAGUGCUGGAAGGAGCGCUGGUGUCGCUUAAAAGGCAACACCCUUUAUUUCCACAAGGACCGCACUGAUUUACGCACACACGUGAACGCUGUCGUCCUCUGCGGCUGUGAGGUGGUUCCAGGGCUGGGCCCCAAGCACCCAUUUGCUUUCCGCAUCCUUCGAAAUGGCCAGGAAGUCUCUGCCUUGGAGGCAAACUGCUCUGAAGAUCUCGGCCGCUGGCUUGGCCUUCUGCUGGUUGAGACUGGCUCAAAGACAACCCCAGAGGCCUUGCACUAUGACUACGUGGAUGUCGAGACAAUUGCCAACAUAGUCACUGCCGUGAGACACUCCUAUCUGUGGGCCAGCUCUUCCCAUGAGUGCCAGACUGAUUUGUCCCGGGUGGUGUAUGAUGACGUUCCCUAUGAAAAGGUGCAGCCUGAGGACCUGCCACGGCCCUCAGGGGCACAGGUGAAGCGUCAUGCCUCCUCCUGUAGUGAGAAGUCACGUCGUGUGGACCCACAAGUCAAAGUAAAGAGACACGCAUCGAAUGCCAACCAGUACAGGUAUGGGAAGAACCGGGCUGAGGAGGAUGCCAGGAGGUUUCUAACAGAGAAGGAGAAGCUGGAGAAGGAGAAAUCCUCUAUCAGGAAUGAGCUGGUGGCCCUAAAGAAAGAAAAGCGGGAGCUCCGGGAAGCCAUGAAGAGCAGCACAGGGCACAAGCUGAAGGAGCUGGAGGAGCACAUUGUGGCCUUGGAAGAGCAAUGCAAGGGGAAGGAGGAGCGACGUGUGGACCUGGAGCUCAAGCUGACAGAGGUGAAGGACAGGCUGAAACAGUCGCUAGCUGGAGGGCCUGCUCUGGGGCUAGCUGUGACCACCAAGGCCGAAAAUGGGGAGACUGGAAAUAAGCCAAAUGGGAAUGCACCAGAGCACUUGGUCCCUGUUAACUGCGCAGCAGAGAUGAGGAAGAGGAGUCCUUCCCUCCUUCCUACCAACAAAGGGAACGUGCUGCAGAAGGCCAAGGAAUGGGAAAUGAAACAAACCUAAGCAGGGCAGCAAACUCUCACAGCCUGCCAAGAACCCACUGGACACUGGGAUAUACUGAAGAGCCACAAGCCCCUUUACCCCAAGGACCUUGGAAGAGGGUGCUGGGGAGAAGUGCAAGGAGAAGCACCCACCCUCCAAUUGCACUGACGUCUGGCAAGCAAACAAGAUGAUGACAGAACUGCUGGGGAGGAGGGGAGUGGGAGGGGUAUUGGGGAGGGGGGAAAUCCUUCAACGAUAAGAUUCGCAUGCUGCUGGAAUACCUGUCUCUGAGGAAGGAGCACCCUGAACAGGACUGGAACACCAGCCCUCCUGAAGGAUGUUUCCUUCUUGGCAAAUAACAAACUGGAGCAGGGAGUGAGAGUGAGUGGACAGUGCAGGUAGCUGGCAGCCAGAGCUGCUGGAUUAUAGUCCAGAUUCUGUCAGUGGGUCUGUGCUUUACAUCACGUGCCUCCAUUUUUUGCCAUCUGUCAAGCAUGGGUCAGCAGGAUACUUCAGCCAGGGGGUGCUAUGAGCUUUCAUCACAGGCAUGAAAUGGAAGUUCCUGGGAGUCAGUGUUAUGUUAGAGCCUGCUCUGCUAGACCAGCCCAGCCCAGCCCAGCCCACUGACAUACUUAGUGUCUGGUCUUGCCUCGUGCCAAACUGGAUCAGAGGGCACGUGUCUUGCCUCUGCAGCAGUCUAGUCCAGAGGCCCUAAAGGAAAGUGACACUCCCCUUGGCGCUUCUCCUGUGCCCUGUUUGGGUUCUAGAUACCUAGUCAGUGGCUUAUUGGGGUGCUCUCAGCCAAACAGCAGCUUCUCAAGUGCUUUGGUUUUCUUUUGACAUUUCUAAUACCAAGUAAGGUCAGUAGCACAAGGAGGGUGGAGGCUGUGCAGUCACCUGUGGCUGACACUUUCAAAAGCGACCACACUCUUUUUGGGUGCAAAGAGCAGGGAUCAGCUGAGGAUGAACCAGAGCUCAAGUGCCAACACUAGAAAGCAAAUGGCUAGCAGCCAGCUGGGGCCCUGCCAAGUAUCUGGGAGAGGCUAUAAGCAACCAGGGUGAAGACAGCCAUGUUCGUUCUCCCUUGAGCCAGUAUCAGAUGCAGAGCUGAGAGGGAAAUGGAGACUACGGUAUUUUUGGUCAGUGGUGCUUUCUCCGUACUGUACAUAGAAUAGGAUGCAUUGUUAUUUGGAAGGUAUAGCCAAAGUGGAGAAGGGACAGAGAAAGGGGAA